AUGUGGACAUCAAGAAGGUCGGCUACUGGAUUGGGCAGUCUGGCAACUCUUGAUUGCCUUCGUCAGGCUUAUCGUAAGCUGGCAAUCCAGCACCACCCAGACAAAAACCCUGGCAACAAGCAGGCCGAAGAAAAGUUCAAGGAGCUGGCAGAGGCCUACUCAACGCUGAGCAACGACGAGAAGCGACGGUGCUAUGACCUUGAGGUUCAACGGAGGCAGCGUAGCAUGGAGAGUGACGCUGCCUUUCAAUGGUGGGGAAAGAAACCGGGCGAGAGCCCAGGAAAUCCCUUCGCCAAACCAACCUGGCAAGCUCACGCUGCCUCGGACACUGGGAUGUUCAGUGGGAGGCAUGGCCAAGACUGCCAAGGGCGAGAUGCCGGACCAUUGCAUCGGAGCUUCACACUGCGCGAGGCUGCCAACCUUUUCCAGAGCCUGUUUGGUGGUGCAGAUCCUUUUGAGGAUUUCCUUGAUGCUCCAGCCAGACCAGGCCAACAUUCCACGCUCGUGUCGUCGGCUGGCAAGAAGUCAUGGGAUGUGAAGAUAACUCGCAUCAAGCGGCCGGAUGGUACGGUCGUCAUUGAGCGCAUGGACUCGUCAGGCAGAGCCACUCAGACAGUGGAAGGAGGACGCACCGAUAGUCGCAAUGGAGCCUACGCAGCACCUUCUCGCGAUGCAUCGCAGCGUUGCAGGGGGGGGCCUGGCAGCGCCGGGGAGUUCGGGCACAUCCAGGAGAUGCCUAUGCUCUCGCCUGCCGGUGCUGCUGCUGCCAGUGUUGGCGGGAGCAUCCAAAGAGGAAGCUGGGCUGGGGAAGCUUCGAAGAAAGUAGCAGCUGUGGGCCGCGGUGCAUUUGUGAACUGGAGCUCGAACUGA